CACGCCUUCACCCAGGUUUCUUCCGUGUCGUUGCUGAUGCUCAUCUUUUCUACGGGUCUUCAGAAGUUCAGUUCGGUUUUCCCUGUUGACCGUUACUGGACUCAGAACUUCCUACCUGGUCUGGGCACUGCGGGCCAUGCCAACCCUUGGACAUGGGAACCUCUCAGAGGCGGACUUCGUGCUGGAGGGAUUUGAGGGCGGACCUGAGCUCCAAGCCCUGCUCUUUGCGCUGUUCCUGGUCCUGUACGUGGUCACCGUCCUGGGCAAUGUCGUCAUGAUCCUGCUCAUAACUGUGGAGGGCCGCCUGCACUCCCCGAUGUACUUCUUCCUCAGGAGCCUCUCCUUCCUGGACCUGUGCUACUCCUCCGUCAUCGCGCCCGAGGCCCUCUCCAACUUCCUCUCCGCCACCAAGGCCAUCACCUUUGCAGGCUGUGCCACCCAGUUCUUCUUUUUCUCUUUCCUGGUCACCACGGAGGGCUUCCUGCUGGCUGUGAUGGCCUAUGACCGCUUCGUGGCCAUUUGCAGUCCACUGAGGUACCCCGUGACCAUGUGCCCUGCGACCUGCACCCGUAUGGUGAUGGGCACCUGCUGUGGAGGCUGCCUCAACGCCAUCGUUCAGACCAGCCUCACGUUCCAGCUCCCCUUCUGCGGCUCCCACCGCAUCGACCACUUCUUCUGCGACGUGCCCCCGCUGCUGCAGCUGGCCUGUGCCGACACGGCCCUCAACCGGCUGGUCAUGUUCAGCGUCUGCGGGCUCAUCAUCGUGGCCACCACUCUCGUGGUCCUGGUCUCCUACGGCUACAUCACAGUGACCAUCCUCAGGAUGCGCUCGGCAGCCGGGCGGCGCAAGGUCUUCUCCACCUGCGGCUCCCACAUGACGGCCGUGUCCCUGUUUUAUGGGACUGUGUUUGUCAUGUACGCCCAGCCAGGGGCUGUGGAGUCCAUGGAGCAGGGCAAGGUGGUCUCAGUCUUCUACACCCUGGUCAUCCCGAUGCUCAACCCCCUCAUCUACAGCCUGCGGAACAGGGACGUGAAGGAGGCCCUGCGGAGGCUGGGCCAGAGACACAGCCACGUGAAGGACGGUGGCAGAGACAGACACAGCGCCCCGAGGGCUGGCGGGGAGAGCCACGGAGAGAUGCUGGGCACUUGGAGCCGGGUGGCCGGCGCAGGGGACGCCAGAGCCCGCGUGUCGCGUGAGAAGGAAGGCGCUGGGGCGGCUCCGGCCCGACCUGGUGCAAACAGCGAGGACAGCGUCACCAAGAGGACAGGCCGCUCGGCGCCCGGAAGGCUGCACCGUGCCGCUCGGGCGACAGGAGCGCAGCAGGGAAAGCGUGUCCAGGACGAGGCUCUGCCCCUGCACGGCCCACGGCCCUUCCACAGGCCCCAGCCGGAGGCCCGGAGGACGCUGCCGACAGCUGAUGGCAAACCCACCGCCGACUGUGUCUGA